GUGAAUUUAUCAAGCAUUGUGCUCUUUUUCUUUAAGAUUAUUCUCAUUCCCUUAGACAAAAUUUUGAUGCAGAUUUGUAGAUGUUUAUGUCAAAGAGGAGAGUUAGAGAUUUAUUUUGGUGAUUUGUAAGAUAAAUGUUUCCAGAAAUGUUAAUAUAAAGUAACUAGAAAUGUUUUGUGGAACUGUAUCUCAGUUUUAUCUUCUGUUUAACACCUGCAACAAAAAUGUUUUCAGCGACCCUUAUUUUGAUCAUUUUAAUGAUGCAGGUGGUGAGAAAUCUACUUGCAUCAUUCGAUGUUGUAAACUUAACAGAUGAUCAAGGGAACACAGCGUUACAUGUAGCAUCUUACGGGGGUCACUUAUCUGUGGUGGAGAUUCUGAUUCUUGCAUCUCCUUCGUUAGCAUUGUUAACCAACCACUAUGGAGAUACUUUUCUUCAUAUGGCAGUGGCUGGUUUAAGAAGUCCCGGUUUCCGUAGACUGGACAAACAUGCUGAACUCUUGAAGCAAUUGGUUUGUGGAAAGAUUGUGAACUUACAGAACAUCAUCAAUGUCAAGAACAAUGAUGGAAGAACGGUUCUUCAUGUGUCAGUGAUUGAUAAUGUUCAAUGCGAGCUAGUGGAACUGUUGAUGUCUGUGCCAUCAAUUGAUCUGAACAUUUGUGAUGCUGAUGGGAUGACCCCUUUGGAUCUUCUAAAACAAAGACCAAAAUCAGCAUCUUCUGAUAUUUUAAUCAAGAUGAUAAUUUCCUCUGGAGGGGUCUCUGAUGGUCGAAAUGCUAUAGCAGAAAAUGCACUUUGCACUCAUCACAAAGCUCAUGUCAUUGGAGGGAGUCCUGGCACUUCGUUUAGAAUACCAGAUGCUGAGAUAUUCCUGUACACUGGAAUUGAGAAUUCAUCAGAUGCUAAUUAUGAUCAAGCAAGUGUGGAAUCAUAUUCCCGUUCAAACGAACCAAGCAAUUCUGACUCCGAAAAUUCUCCACACACCAAGAAGUAUGAUAAUUCUGCUAAUCGUGCUGUAAGGCGUUCGAAGUUUCGUCUCAGGUGGCCUAAAAGAAAAGAGACAAAAGCAGCUGCAUCAGAAUUAGAAGAUGACGAUUCUCUUGAUCCUUUUAGUUCAAGUAGAAACUUGGAAGAUUUUCCAAUUCCAUUGCGGCAAAGAUACUCACAACCAUGCUCCCUCCCAAAGAACAAAAGAACAACUUCUCUUCCAAGUCCAACCUCCAAAGUGAAAUUCAGUGCUGGUCUGAUGCAAGGUGUGAUUGAAGCAAAACCACAUUUUUCUCAUUCAACUCCAAGUCCUUUCCGAGAAUUAUCUGUGGCUUCUCUUUCUUCCAUCAAGAAACAAAAGGGUACUGAUAUAAAGGGACCCUCUUGCUCUGAUCCACCAUUGGAGGACAGAGAACUUCUGUUGAACUACAAACAUUGUUCCCUCAAUAAAAAAUUGAUGAAUGGAUAUUUUUCCUUUGGGGCACAAGGCUUGGCUGUUGAAAAUUCCAAUAGCUGUGCAAAGUCAAACAGGAGUUACAAGCGUUUGAGUUCCAUAGUUGCCUGAGGAUUAUGAUCAGUUAAUUUUGGUCAGAAGAUGAAAAUAAAAUAUUACUAUUGAUCUUGUAAUGACAAGUUUGUAAAGAUUAGUGCAAAAAUAUGCACAUAGGUGGUAAUGAUAUCUGAAAUGUUUGGCGUACAGUACAAAAAUAACCACCACAUCCAUAGUUGGUGCUUGUUUGCUUCUUGUGGGACACAUGUUAUCUGUUCUGUAUCUUCUUACAGCAAUUUUUUUGUAAUCUGUUAUUGUACUCUUUUCAAGGUCUAACACAUUCAGAUUACAUGACUGACAAUAAAAUACAAGUGUAAUACU